GUAAGCAGAAAUUUUAGCAUGACUUUUUCUUUACUAGUUUCCUGAACGAAAUGGCCGCGUAAAGGGAGGGAAGAUCGCAACUUGGAAGAAAACAUCACAAAGAGGGUCCAGGGCCAUAUUUUGAGAAAGAAGAUGGUGAUGGCUGCCCCCCCACUUCGCGUCGGAUUCUUCGAAAUUCAAAAAACCAUCGGCAAAGGAAAUUUUGCAGUCGUCAAACUGGCUAGGCAUAGAAUUACCAAGUCCGAGGUGGCAAUAAAGAUUGUUGACAAAACUCAGCUGGACGAAACAAACUUGAAGAAAGUCUAUAGAGAAGUUGAGAUAUUAAAGAUGCUGGAUCAUCCGAAUAUCGUUAAAUUGUAUCAGGUAAUGGAAACCAAGAAUAUGCUCUACCUAGUCUCUGAGUACGCGCCUAACGGAGAAAUCUUUGAAUACAUCGCUAAACGCGGCCGAAUGAGAGAAAGCGACGCUCGACGAACCUUUAUUCAAAUACUUGCAGCUGUUCAAUAUUGUCAUGAUAAGAAUAUUGUUCAUCGUGAUCUAAAGGCGGAAAACCUACUUCUAGAUUCAGAUAAUAACGUUAAAUUAGUGGAUUUUGGAUUUGGUAACUUUUAUACAAAGGAUGCUCAUCUGAAAACUUGGUGUGGUUCGCCACCUUAUGCUAGUCCUGAAGUGUUCCGGGGUCAACAGUAUUAUGGCCCGCACGCCGAUAUAUGGAGCCUCGGCGUUGUCCUAUACGUUCUAGUCUGUGGAAGUUUACCGUUUGAUGGCGAAAGUCUUGCAGCUUUGAGAGAAAGAGUUUGCGCAGGUAGAUUUCGAGUUCCUUUCUACAUGUCCACCGAAUGCGAGAAUCUCAUUAAGAAAAUGCUUGUUGUCGACCCUUCGAAAAGGCCAACUUGCAAACAAAUUCGGCAACACGAAUGGAUCAAGAUGAACUCUACUGACGAGAUCAGUGAAGAGGAACCUCCACCGUCCACCGAAUAUAAUGAAAAUAUCCUCCGUAUAAUGCAUGACCUGGGCAUUGAUCGGCAAAAAACUAUCGACUCUUUGGACUCCAAAGCCUAUGAUCACUUUACGGCUAUUUACGCCCUUCUUGUCGAAAAGCAACGUCGUCUCGCUAAAUCUGGAGCGUUGGAUUCGGACCCACGCCAUAGACGUCCAUCGGCAAUUGCUGAUCAAGCUUUACGCCAAAAAACUCCUCUAGUCGAUACGAGAAAAGGUCCGUUCUCGCGUACAACCGAUUGCAUAACUCCACUACAGCAGCGCAACAUACGUGCUUAUGCCGGUAUCAAAAAGGAAAAGGUGACAACAACACCCGCAGCUUCGAUUGACGAAGGAUGCGAAAGUUGCGCGGCUAAUAGCCAAGCAUCCGUUCCGGCCUCGCUGGCUCAAAGCCGAGAUAGCUCGAUGGACAGCGCAAUGGACAUUUCAUCUCCCGUUUCAACGGCAAUGCCAGAGUUACCACCUCUCUCUCCAGUACCCGAAACAGGUCCUCUAAAAUGCCCUCUUUCGGGGAAAGUUCUAGAUCCGUCACAAUUUCGCGAGCCACACCCUACGCAUGGUAGCACACAGGAGGGAGGAAGUACGUCAUUUUCCUCCUCCUCUCCGCCGCCUCCUUCACCUUCUUCUUCGUCGUCAUCUUUCAAGGAAGGACGCCGGGCAUCCGACGGUAUAUUGUCUUUGGGCAGCGGCUCUUCGGCAUCACCUCCUCUCGGAUCACCAAGGCUCGGAAAAGGCCCCAUUCAGACUGCGCAGUGGCCCUCUCAAGUAUGCCAAAAUUCCUCCCACCUAUCUCAACUCGGUCCGAUGCCGAGUCUUCAUAGGAACCUGCAAAAGCUGCGCAUCUUUGAUUCACCACCAUCCCAACAUAGAGCGUCUAGACGCCCAACUUGCGAUAGCUUAAAAGAAGAAGAGGGUUGUAACUCUAGUAGCCCUAGUACCGAUAGUUAGGACAUUGUAGAACAAACAAGCAAAAAGUCAAAUUGGAUGAAAGAAGAUAAAUAAGAAUAUCCUUGAAUCACUUUUUUUUUCCAGUCUCACUAGAAGUUUGGCGUUGCUGGUUCGACGCCUCAAUGAAAAAUAAUAAUAAUAAAAACACAUAAAAAAGAUAAUGUGCCAUAAAAGAAGAUUUCAUGCAAAAAAAUGAAAAAUUGAAAACCAGAACAAAAAAAAUGGAACAGAUAAAAACAAAAACAAAAAAAAACACUCAUUCGAAAAGACUGUUGUGCACAUGGAAAAACGUAUUCGCUCUCUCUCUCUCUCUCUCUCUCUCUCUC